GGGGAUAAGACGGGAAAGCUCCCACAAAGUACACAGAAUGCAAAAAUGGCGUGGCGACGAGUGACAAAGCGUCAGGGGGGGGCUGAGUCAGUCCACCGCCGCUAGCCCUGACGAGUGCACGUGCCGUUAUAUGAGAUGUGCUGACACUGUGUUUGUGUUGUGUGUGUUUGAGCUGAAAGGAUUGAAUCAUGCUGACGUCCAGUAACCAGUACCUGAGGCCGGAUUAUCUGUCGCCGCUUCCGACCACGCUCGACGCGAAAAAGAGCCCGUUGGCGCUCCUGGCGCAGACGUGCAGUGCCAUCGGCGCCGACACGCCCAACCCGAAGCUCAUCUCGGCGGCAGAGAAGGCCAGCAAGAAGUACGACGAAAAGGUGGUCCAUGACAACAAGCCUAGUUUCAAGCCUUAUGAAUCGUGCCUCACAGCGAGAGAAAAGACUAGAACCCCCGAAGACAGGUCUUCAGUGAACGCCCACUCGAAGACUCCGCUGUCUUCGAAAGGCAGCGCUUCCAACACGCCGGUGCAGGCGCGCUGCGGCAGCAACCAGAGCUCCUCAUCCCAGAGGACCUCGCCGCCCGCGCACCGCAAAACUCCGUCCGAGAAAUCGGACGAGAGAUCCAGCCCACUCCAGGGGUCGCCGGUUCCCGCUAAAAUGAGUUCCGAAUCGUCAUCUAGUGCCUCCGCAACAAAGUUACCCUUCACGCCCACCUCAUUAUCGUCCAGCGCAGACACCAAAGAGCCGUCGAGCUUUAAGCCGAGCAUACCAGUCACAUCAUCUGCUUUUCUCGGCGGAUUACCUCCUACAGGGUUCCCUUUACCAAUGGACCUGAUGACGAGCAGCUUAAUGGCUGCGCAGCACCACGCUUUGAAAAAUGGCCUUAAUCCAUAUUUAGCUUAUGCAAGGAUGAAGACUCCAGGCAGCGAUCUGGGCAUCUGCAGAGAUCCUUACUGCACAGGCUGCUCUCUAAGUUCACAUUUGCUCAAGUCUGCCGUGUGUCCAGCUGGAUGCGCGCAGUGCGACCACGCCAAAACGCCCUUCCCGAUUCCGACGAGUCACCCCGCAGCCGCGGCGUAUGCGCAUGCUCAACUAGCCGCUCUGGCCGCGGCGUCGCAGCUGCCUUUCGUGUGCAGUUGGAUGGCUGGAGACUCCGCUUACUGCGGUAAGAGGUUCGCGACGUCGGAGGAGCUGUUGCAACAUCUGCGCUCUCAUACGGCCAGCAGCGAGUCGAGUCCGAGCCUGUCAAUGUUGAGCGCGACGCACCCACUGCUACAGCGCACGUACCCAACACCGCCGUUGUCGCCGCUGACGCCGCGGUUCCACCCGUACAGCAAGCCAUCGCACCUGGUGUCCUCACCGCCGCUGCCGUUCCCGCUGCCGCCGCACCCAUCGCUGGCGGCGUACUUCCCCUCGUAUCCGCUGUUCGGUCCGCGGCCGCUGCACCCUUGAGGACCGUCGGCGCUCCACGGACACAAGAAGGGGGGCGCCGAACGCUAACGCCCAUGCCAAAAGGACAUUCUGACGCGGAGUGGUGUACAUAUAGGGUAGUGCCGCGUCGUGCGUCGCUAGUCGGCUCAUAUCAUCGGACGUGCGGCCUCGAGUCGCUUCAGCUGUGAUCUCUAACAUUAGUGCACUGAACGCUUGAUGGCCCGCGAGCCGCGACUGCUCGCGGGCGGACCCUCGUUUUCUAGUUAAUGAAAUGUUUUAAUGUACCAAAUCUAUCUUUAAUUUAAGUUUGUGUAAUCUAAGUUGUUGCAUUAGUGAGGGUUGUUAAUGUGUUUGUAUUUUUUUAUAUUUUGAUUUUUGCGUCGAUCACAUAUCUUUGUAAUUAUUAUAUCGACUGAACGAGUCUUGAUUAUUGCAGUUUAUUAAUGUUACCGUCAAAUGAAUCGACUUUGAAUCUCAUAAAGUAAUCUUUUAAUGUAUUUCUUAACUGGCACUUACUUUUUGACUACAUUUAUAUUUAAAUACAACACUGUGGAUGUGUAAACAUGUGAGUAAUCGUGUCACACUUGAAUUUCAUGUUUGUACAACAUUAUUAAAUAAAUAUCACUGUAAUUGCAAUCGGUAUAUGUUGAAACAAUUCGUUGUUAUAAAGGGCGUACAUUGAAAAAAAUAUAUACGUAAAUAUUUAAUUUGAAAAA